AUGGAUGAAGUCAGCUGCCAGCUGGGAACGCUCCCCCGCGAGAUAUUAUGGCGGUGUACUCAUUAUCUGGACCCUUUAUCCGUCGUCCAGUUAUCAAGCACUUGCAAGGAUCUUAAGGCGCUCCUACGAGAGAGAUAUUCCUGGGCGGCAUUUCAACAUGCAACCACAGAACUUAAGUAUUACGUUAAGUCUUGGAUUUCUCUCUGCCCUCAAUUGUCCGGAAAUCCCCGCCCCACCGGGGAUAUAUGCCGACUUGCUACCCCCGAGGACGCCCCAACAAUCGCAAUACAUACGUUGCCUCGAAUACAAGCCGUUGUUCUGAAUAAUCGCCGGAGCAUUCUUGAGGCUUAUAUUGACGCAGGCAUCGAUCCCGAUGAGAUAGUAGUAGGACGCGGAUGGGGAUCGCUAUUGCUUAUAGCCGCUAUAUCUAACAACACUGAGAUGGUCGAGUUUCUAUUUGAAAAGGGAGCCAAACCCCGGCGAAGUUAUAUGUGGUUACCAUCAGAAUCGUCUAUAUUGGAUGAGGUGGCGUGGUGUAACGUUCAUGAGAAGCCGGCAGAGAAUUGGGAGAAAACAGCUCUAUCGUUCCUUGAGCGCGGCGUCAUUUUUUCAGGCCUCCACAUGGCUAAAGAGCUAUGCCGCAUGCCAAACGCCCCACAUCUUCUUGAGGUUGCACUCAGGAAUGGUCUGGACAUCCACCGCACAUGGGAAAGCAGAUCUUUGCUACACAUUGCUGCUAGUCGAAAUAUUCCUCAUCUGAUGAAGACUAUACUAUCCCAUGCACCAGAACAAGUGAAUAUUCAUGAGAUCGUUCGCACAGUGGGAGGAUACAUCGAAAGACAACAAUCGGCCCUAGACAUAGCAAUUUCUGAGGGUAAGACGAAAAACGUUGGGUUUUUACUCAGUAUGGGAAGCAAACCAACCUUUUAUUCCCUAGAAGUUGCAAUCCGGAUAAGCAAUAAAAAAAGCGUCUUUUACGGGGAUGGAAUAGAAGAGGUUGCAGACAUUACAGACUGGUUUGCAUGGAAGCUCCAAUGGGUCGAUUAUGUGCAUAUAAUUGCAAGCAAGCUUGACCUUGACAGCGAGGAGGCCGCUUUGCCACUUGAGCGGAUUUUGCAUAGUGCUUGGGGGUCGGCUCAACAGGGAAAUGAAGAGGAUGGAAGAUUAUAUCUGUCUGUUUUAUUCAGAAAGAUGAGCUUACGUACCCGGUUACUCUAUGCGGGUCUAAUUGCGUUUGAGGCUUAUGAAGAUAGCUUGACUGCAGCAAAAAAGAAUAUCGAAGAACUCGAGGAACGUUUUUAUCAAUUGAAGUCCCAGUGGUGGCAGGUUUGGAGGUGCAAGGUAUCGGGAGAUAGGUCUAUCAACCAUGAAAAGCUCGAGGAUAUUAGAAAUAAUGUGGAGGAACUCGACAUUGAAAAUGAGGCGAGGGUAUUCGAGUAUGUUCUCGAGAACGUUGAAAAGCGACUCGAGAACGUUGGAAAGCGACUCGAGGAUGUUAAAAGACAAGUGAAAGGACUCGAAGACAUCCUGGAACUGAGGAACGAGGCUACCUUGGAUUCGCCAUAG